GGGCCGAGGUUCCAAUAAUAUGCGCAGACGCCCCUGCCAGCGGCAGCGCGGCUCACGCUGUUCAGUGGUGGUAAGAGGGAUACGGAGGUUGCAGUAACAUCGCGGUACUGGGCUGGUGCUACACCGAUCGAAUUGGCGAAUUUUGUUUGAAAGGGUUUUUGUUGCCUUGCAGAGCUUCAGAGGAUCUCGAGUUCAGUGUCAGUACAAACUUUUGACGAUACGAUUAAAGAUGUCUGCUUCACCUGUUGCCCGCCAGGCUGUUACUAGUCAGGCCAAGCCUCAAAGUAUUCCUCGACGAGUGACCAUUAACUCACCGGCGGAAUUGCCCAACGAUUACUGCACAACUCCAGGGGGAACUCUCUUCUCAACGACUCCUGGAGGGACCUGUGCUGGAUCUUCUCCAUUUCCCGGCUGUUUGGAGUGUGGCCUCUCCGGAAUGGCAAAGCUGCAGAUACUAAAGGGUCUCGUAGCAAAGAUUCCAAGGAGCUGAACAAACCCGGGGUUUUUCAUCAGGAAAUGAGCUGGUUGUCGUGGCCUCCAUACAUCUGUUUUCUCACGACGCUCUUCUUCACCUGUUCGAUUGGAUAUCAAACCGCCAACACUGUCUUCCUUUUCAUGAAGUCGAAUAUCAGCGUAUCGGAGAGGCUGAUCAGUCUCCCAUGGGCCGGAUGCAUGGUAGUGCCUUGGGCCUGCAAUAUCAUGGUACUGGUGAAAGGAGGGGAAGUAGCAGCACUGAUUUGGUCGUGGCGAUGCAUAGAGGAAAAGAUCUGACAGAUCCAUUACGUGCCAUCCAACUGUUCGGAUCAGCGUAGCUUUGCUCAUUUUCUACUGCAUCAUGGGAAUCAUGUCGUUCGGUUUCCUCGUGCAUCAGUUCCUUAAUAGCGCCGACAGUAGCGUUUACUAUGGAAACUUAGUUCCUCAACCGUGGUCGUGGAUUCUGCACGUGAUCCAGCACUUCGGUAUACUAAUAACAUGGUCAGGAUAUCUCAUCUGCGAGGCGUUUAUAAUGUUGAUUAACUACCAUAUAUCCGAGUACUACAAGUCCAUCGACAGAAACAUUGGAAAAGUGCUGAAAACUUGGGUUUCUGUUGCAAAGGAGGAACACUUAGGGAAGACCUUCCACCACUUGGAGAUGUCAAAGGAAAGUAGCCCGUUGGUCAGUCGAAAGUCUAUAAGACCCUAUGGAAACGAAGCACCGGAAGACUGUGGUUUCCAGGACGUGAAAUUCAAGCCGGCAAUGGUGAACCUUAUUACCAUGAGAGUAUCGUCUCUGGGACAUUCUUAUGAAAGCGUAGAAAGUCAUAGCAGAGAAGAAUUCGCUCGGCUUUGGGAUAUGUUUGAGGAAAUCGAAAAUUUGGUAGACGAAUUCAACAGGUUGUUCAGCUUGAUCGUACUCUUGACAUUUUCUUCGUACUUGCUGAUGGUUUGCGGUCUUCUCGUUCCUGUUAUGAAAUCGAAACCAGGUGAUUCAUUUCCUUGGGGAUACUUUGGUAAUGCCAUUUUCUACAUAGUCCGAAUUCCUGUUUUGGUUCUGUGUCCAUCCCGUGUUCAUGAAUUCAGUGCAAGUCUUCAAGAAACGAUAGCGAAGCAGAACACACGACUCGCUUUGCACGGGAAAAGCUGCCGUAUGCUGGAAGCUGUGAUGGCCAGGGGAGGUGUCACGAUGGAACACGGAAUCACGGCUUGGGGAUUCUUCACCGUCAAACGGGAGACUUUGCUCACAUUCUUGUCUCUCAUCGCCUCUUACGUCGUCAUUAUGUUGCAGUCUUAAGAUUUUCCCCAGAAUAAUAUUUUUUUUCCUUUCGUUCUUAGAUUGUAUUUUGUCACUAAUCAUGAUUAUUGUCUCGCAAUGGGUAAAUUUGUAUGAUGAGAAUCAAUCUGCUACAGGUUAUGUCAGACAAUUUUAUGCUGAUGUUCGUUAUUUUUUAUGAAUUUGUUAUUAUCCUCGUAUUGCUGUCUCAAAACCUUUAUUAUGAUAAAUAAUCUAGAGAAGUGCAUAAUUCAUAAUUUCUAUUCCUUAAGGUAUAGCUUACAUAUUGCAGUCUUUAAAUUUUACUACGAGAAUUACUGUGUCGCAGUGUUUGUCUGAUUUUUUUAUAUGCAAAACCAAUAGACUUAUCAGUGCAGUAAUGGAUAUAAUUUGGUUAUACUGGAGAAUGAAAAGAACUUAUUAGAUAGGUGGACAUUCCUAUUUUGAGCCAAAAACUGCUUCGGUUUUCAUAAUUAGUGUAAAAUCAGAAUUCCGUACAUGGAAAGUGCUUUCUUUUGUCUUUUGAUAAAAGGUACCAGUAAAUUGACAUCUGCUAAUGCAUUAUUAUUAUCCUGUCGGUUUCUACGUUAAUUUUUUUAUAUUACUGACAGCUUGCAUGCAUGCACAGACAGGACAUUUUAAUAUUUGAAAUAUAUGUUAAUUUUUUCAUGUAAUUUCAGCUCGCUAUUCUGAACUUUUGCUUUCUGCGUUGACUGAAUCAGCAAGUUCUAAUAAUCUUAGGAAAAUAAGCACAUGAAUUCGCUUGAUGAAAAAACCCGACCCCCUGUUCUUGUAUGAUAAGCUUGACAUGUUGAAAACACACUAAAGAUCCACAAGGCACAGUAAUCAUCAAAAGCUAAGGGAUUUUAAGUGUAUUUUCAACAAUAAAUCAAAAUUUAAACACACAAGACGAAGUGAUAAGCGCAUAUGACACCUGUAAGUUGUUUAAAACUUUCGGAUGAAAUUUCUUAUUAAAACAAAAAUAAAUCUGUGGAAACUUAGACAGACAUAUUGUUAUUACGAUUAUUACCGAGUAUCUUGUUAAAUAUUUCAAUGUGAAGCCAUUCUACCGAAUACUCGGUUCUUUUGUUCAUGUUAGUAUAUUAUUCUGGUGCUCCUCGUGUCUGUAAGUAAUAUUGAAUAAUAAAAGGUACAAUCACGUUCCUAAAAAGUUCAGGAUAAAAUCAGACCCUUGUCUUGUGUUGUGUGUAAAUCUUGAAACUUCACUUGAAAUCCCUUAUGAUGAUUACUGUGCCCUAUGGAUUUUUAGUGUGUUUACAAUAUAUCAAGGUUAUAGUACAAGAAAAGGGGUCUGAUUUUGUCAUCAAGAAAAUUCAUGUGCUUAUUUUCACAAGUUGAUGAUAAAUUGCUGAUUCAGUCAAAGCGGAAAGCAAAAGUUCAGAAUAAUGAGCUGAAAAUUACAAGGAGAAAAAAUUUACAAAUAUAUUUGAUUUCUCAAUGUAAAUUGUAAAAAAAUUACUAGACAGAACAAAAAAUAGAAUUAAAUAAAAAUCCCCAUUCCCAACUGAUCCGAGAGUGCUUUCGUUUAAUGUUCAAGGAUGUGAUAACAAUGUCUCCCGUUACUCAAGUGCGGUAAACUACUUAAGGUAACCUGUUCUAGUUAAAUUAUUUUUUGGUAGAACUAUCAUAUAAAUUUUGUUUGUGUGUAAUUACCGAACGAAUAAAAUCUGUUUUGAUAUUUCCACUAAAAUAGGCUGUUUAAAUUAUGGUUAACACCAGCAGAACCUGGAGAAAUUUACAUUAGCCUAGUACCUACGGCAAAACGCCGCGUGGAUUGUCCAACUUACCGAAUAUCACAGUUGGCCACCCUCCGAAAAAGGACUUUUAACGCGUCCUGACACAUGAGAUGGUCAUCAGUCACGAGUUGUUGUUGGUGAGAGACAGCUAAAGACCUCUACUCUCCUUUCGAAGUAAGUAUUUUCGCCAAAGUUAGAAAUUAAGGCCAACGCAGGCCCACAACACCAAAACACUUUCGAAAUUUUUACUAACGAUUAAAAAACUUAAGAAGAAUGAUGACAUCUCGAUGUUUGUGAAGUCGUUUGUGUCAACAAAAUUCCCAUUUCCUGUGCUAAAUCCACACACGACUUGUACCCAUAGACGCUGGGGCACUUUCAUCACAACAAUCGUAAAUCAGUCCCUUGCCACGACGUUUUUAAGGAGACUACAGAUUUGGUAGAAGACGACGACGAAGCGUGCACUAGAUAAUUAUUUAAAUAAAUAGUAAAGAUCAAUAUUUUACAUAUUUAUGAUGAUUAAUUUGAAAAUAUUCGUUUUUUGAAAAGUAACUCUAUUCCUGACUCAAAUUUAAGUAAUUAUUUUUCGGAAUUAGAACGUUUUUUUAAGUCCUGUAUUAUGACGUCACAUCUUGACUUUCGUACCAAUUGUAAAUGAAUUGCUAUACUCAACUUUCUUGCAGAACAGUUUACCAGUUAUUCAUGUAGAUUGUUAUCAGCUAUUCAUGUAAUUGUUAUAAUCGUAAUGCGCAUAUAUAUCUUUAUUAUUUACCUUUUGGAUAUAUGAAGAUGUUUUACUGCCGGAUUACCGCCUUAGUGUGACGCAAUCGCUUUCGCUCCCUGGGCCUCUUGUCUGUUUUCGCACCAUAAGAAAUUUAUGGGGCCGAAUUUGCAAUGACCAGAAAGUCGUUAAAAGAGGAAAGUUAGCAUUGAGGAGCAUAUGUUUUCAUUGAGAAAAAUACAAAUUUAUAGAAUAGCUAGCUUGUAAAAAAUAUUUGAUUACAAAAACUUGAUUGACAUCUAAGUAGCAUGCCUACUAUGGGUUUCAGAGACAUUGCAAGCACGUUUUUUGACAAUAUUUCUGUAACGAACACUCAUAUCUGAACAAGAUUUUGCUAUAGUGUAUUACACCCAGUGCCGUAAUUUAUAAGGGUAUCGUGAAUCACUAAUCAUAAAGAAUAAUGACACUUGUCCUUGUACUAAGAGACAAAAACUCCAUUAUCCAGAAAUGGAUACGAACACAGCAGUAAAAAGAUCCACCUAACCUCUCCCCCCCCCCCCCCCCCCCCCCCAACUCCACCACCAACCUCUGUCGUCCUUCCUUCCUUCACCUUCCCUUCUCUCUCUCUCUCUCUCUGAAAGUUGCUUUUGUUUAAUUUUAUUUUCCAUGAUUUUUCCAUCUAUCUAUCUAAUAAUAGUUUACAUUGGUGGAUAUAUCUAACGAUUGAGUGAUAUAUUUAUACACUGUUGCCAAUUGGUAUGUGUUCACCAUCCAAACUGGGUAUAAGACUUACACAAAACGUGGAAAUUAGUGAAAUUAGCCUACGUAUUGGAAGUAAAUAUACAUCAAUAUUAAAGCAAUUUUAUCAUUAUUGCAUUACUAUGACAACUAGAAUUCAUGGAAACAGUUUAUAACAAUGCAUCGGCGUAUGUGUGAAGCUCCACUAAUGUGGCAACGAUAAUUUUGCCAUUCUUAGCAUGCACACAUUACAGGUUACAUUUAUUUAUGGCAUACAGUUAUUAAAAAAAAUCAAAAUACUAAUAUAGACUUAAAUCAAUGAAGAGUGCUAGUAAAGAAAAAAAAAUUAUAAUCCACUGAUCCGUCGUCUGCUCCGCGAUGGUUUUCGGGAGCCAGAUGUACGACAAGGUUAGAAACAUUGUAUCUACUUUAGAAAUAUCUGUAAUUUUUCGGGGUAAUUUGGUUGCAAAAAAGGGAUAAUAGACAUGAAUUAAAUAACCAUUUUGAAGUAACAAAGUAAAGUUAAACUAAAUAAUGAGUAAAGUAAACAAUUAUGGGAAUAAAGCUUUGCACCUCAUAAACAGUGUCGUCGUCUGCUGCUCGUAACUGUGUUUGUGGAGUGAGUGCUUAGGAACCAGGAACAGCAACAUGGUUCAAGUGCAAUUUGGAGGGGAUUAAGACCAAUAAUGUGUAUAAUUACAAUCAAAUAAGCACUGUGGAGUUUCAGUUGUGAUGGCAGUAAGGAUAAAACCACCGAUUACAAGGUACAAAUGAAUCAGUUCAAACCAUGACCCCGGGAAUAAUAUAGGCAACAAAAUGUUGUUUUAUUUUGGUGAUUACAACUGCAAUCUUGAGUAAGAUCAAUAAACGUUACAUAUAUAUGCUAACAUUGUUCAAAUGAGUGCAGGGAAAGAUGGUGAAUUGUCCGUGGUUAGACCGGCCAGCCUGAUGAUAGCCACCAGAUUGGAUUUCAAAAUUGCCUUGAAAACAUAUUUUACGAAGAGCAUUACAUGCUUAUUUUAGUUUUUAUGGUGCUUUCAUAUAUCACAUUAUGUUGACGAAACUUCAAUCUUUUGAAUGGCAUGCUUAAAGUUGUAAUUGUAUUCUUGUUUCACCGAUUAAAUAUCGAGUGAAUAAGACUUGGGCAGCGUGAUGACAAUGGAUCGUCCGUGAUUGUUUACCCUAAUACUACCUACCUAUUAUUUAUUUCUGGUGUGAAGAAGAAAUGUAGAAUAUCGUUUUUAAUGCUUCUACCUAUAUACAAGGGAAGUCAAAUACAGCGAUGCUCCCAAAAUUAACCAGACUGAAGGGGCUGUCAGUCAUUUGAGGAGAUACAGGUUGGGUUGCAUCCUAAUCUUACAUAAAUUAACCUAGGGCACUAGGCCUAUACCCUAUGGGUAGGUCUCAUGACCUAACCUGGGUAGAACUAAGCAAGAGUUUCGCAUCAAGUAGGUACCUAGCUAGCUACUUUGGAAGUGGAUUUUUCAUAUAGUAUUUUGGUUGUUUAUUAAGAAUUUACCUCUAUUUUGGUAGAUCUAGGGUACCUAUCCGCGGCGGCCCAGACUAUGGCAGUUGCGGUUUUUCUUAGUAGUGUUACAUACCGAACAAGAAUUUUAGGUAAUAUUUAUUCGGACGACUGUAAUUAACCCCCUGGGUCCAGUACUAAACAGCGGAUACAACAUCCACUAGGGAUUGGGGCGUCCAAUGUAUAUAGCUGCGUUUAGUACUGGCCCCUGGGGGUUAAUUACAGUCGUACGAAUAAAUAUUACUUUAAAUUCUUGUUCAGUAAGUAAAAUAACAUAGGAAAACUUCAAUUGCCAUAGUUUAGGCCACCGCGGAUUGCUUCUGUAGAAAUACCUUGCACGCACCUGUGGUGAAAUUUUAUCCUCCAAUUGCUCAAAAUGGUCCACAGCACAUAAUUUUCUUUAAGGCAACAACGGUAGGAAUUUUAGGCACUGGAAUUAUAUUACAAACCAGAAAACAACUUGUUUACCUUAAAUCUCGCUGUUAGUUGCCAAACGCAGCGACGAGAACUAACCUAGCAUUCUUAUAUACUAACCCCUAUACACAUUUGGCCAAACAUGCAAAUUAACUUAUAUAAGAUACUUAGCUGGUUCGACAUGUUCAGGAAGAUAAGCACACUUAAUUAUAUAAUAUAACUAGUACAGAAUGGCAGUGCUCACCACUAUUGGGACCCACGAACGUCCCCUAAAUUGUCAUGUGCGCACAGUAACCCAAACAUUACCAACAAUAAGGCGGGAAAAAGAGUGGAGGGAAACUCUUGUCGCAUUUGCAAAAUAGCAGCGAAAAAAUAUCACUUACGAUUAAAAAUAAUUAGCAAUCAUUGAUUAGUAAAUCACAAAAUCUAAAGCAAAAUUAAUGAUAAAGAAAUUAACACCUUUCCUUUAAUGGAAAUGAAAAUUAAAUCUCCCAUUUUAUGACAGAACCAUUUCAUAACAACAACAAUAUGGCAGUCCAGUUCUCCCAACAUUUUCCCCCACACAAAACCCACACUUUCCCUAAGGGUCUCCAACCACGUGUAGAUAUGAGGUUAAUAAUAAUUGACUAACAAUAAACAACACCAAAUCCUUCAUCAGCAGCACUAAGUAACCUAUAGGAAAAAUCUUUCCAAGUUAGUAGUAAUCUAUAGGAAAAAUCUUUCCAAGUUAGUAGUCCUGCAGAGCUGUUGCUUAGAAAUCCCCUAACCUGACCCAAGGUGCCAUAAACUAGGCUAUAAGAAAUAUUUAUUUU